AUGUCCCAGCGGGUGAGGCGCAAUGGGUCCCCCACGCCGGCUGGCUCCCUCGCGGGCGGUGCGGUCGCCGCGGUUGGAGGAGCGGGGAGUCGCCUGCAGCCCAUGAGGGCGACGGUUCCGUUCCAGCUGAAGCAGCAGCAGCAACAUGGCAGCCCCACGCGGAGCAACGGCGGCGGCGGCGGCGGCAACAACGGAGGCUGCUGUGGUGGUGCCUCAGGCCCCUCAGGCGGUGGUAGCGUGGGCCCGCGCACCGCCUCACGCAGUACAAGCCCCACGCGCGGCGGCGGGAGCGCGGUUGCGCGCACCAGCCCCACGGUGGCCACACAGACGGGCGCGUCCGCGACGUCCACGCGGGGUACAAGCCCCACACGCGGCACCGCAUCUGGGGCUCGCGGGAGCCCCCCACGGCCGCCACCGCCGUUGCUGGGCACCGUAUCGUCGCCCAGCUCGUCGCCCACUCACCUGUGGACAGGCGAGGUGAGCGCAGCCCCACCCCCAGCUCGUGUCCGGCAUCGAAGAAGGUCCCCGGAGCAGAGCCGAAGCUCCCCGGAGAGGAGGAGCCCGAGCGCUCCGGUUUGCAAAGCAGGUGACAAAACACGACCACCUUCUUCAAGCCCUUCUAGUAUUAUCCGCCGUACUUCCUCUUUGGAUACACUUGCUGCUCCAUACCUUGCAGGGCACUGGCCUCGUGAUAGUCAUGGGCAAGCUGCACCUUGCAUGAGGGACAAAGCUACACAGACAGAAAGUGCAUGGGCUGAAGAAUACACUGAAAAGAAGAAAGGGUCUCACAAGCGUUCAGCAUCCUGGGGCAGUACAGAUCAACUUAAGGAGAUUGCAAAACUACGUCAGCAAUUGCAGAGAAGUAAGCACAGCAGUCGGCAUCAUCGAGAUAAAGAAAGACAGUCUCCAUUCCAUGGCAACCAUGCAGCUAUUAACCAGUGUCAGGCUCCUGUUCCAAAGAGUGCACUUAUUCCAGUCAUUCCUAUCACCAAAUCAACAGGCUCCCGGUUCCGAAAUAGUGUGGAAGGCCUGAAUCAGGAGAUUGAAAUAAUAAUUAAAGAGACUGGGGAAAAGGAAGAGCAACUUAUACCACAAGAUAUUCCAGAUGGCCAUCGUGCACCUCCCCCCCUCGUGCAGAGAAGUAGCAGCACACGCAGCAUUGACACACAGACACCUGGUGGGGCAGACAGGGGAAGCAACAACAGCAGCCGCUCUCAGUCUGUGUCCCCCACGUCAUUCCUCACCAUCUCCAACGAAGGUAGCGAGGAGAGUCCUUGUUCAGCUGAUGACCUGCUUGUUGAUCCUAGGGAUAAAGAAAAUGGAAACAAUUCUCCUUUGCCCAAAUAUGCAACAUCACCAAAACCUAACAACAGUUACAUGUUCAAAAGGGAACCUCCUGAGGGCUGUGAAAGGGUCAAAGUCUUUGAGGAAUGCUCGCCAAAACAACUUCAUGAAAUCCCAGCCUUUUACUGUCCUGACAAGAACAAGGUGAAUUUUAUUCCUAAAAGUGGCUCUGCUUUCUGCCUCGUCAGUAUCCUCAAGCCACUUCUUCCCACACCAGAUCUUACCCUCAAGGGCUCUGGCCAUAGCCUGACAGUCACCACUGGCAUGACGACCACUCUGCUACAGCCUAUUGCUAUGACCUCUGUGUCUACAAACACAGAGCAAGACCGAGUGUCUCGAGGAACGAGUACAGUCAUGUCCUCAGCCUCUCUUCUCCCACCACCAGAACCAAUCGAGGAAGCUGAAGGGUAAGUCCCAGUGCUAUGUGGCCAUUGUUUCAGGAAACUGAGAAUCUCCUCAGAUCACUUGACUAGGACGGCAUCAUGCGCUCCCAGUUGGCUUUGA